CAGUGGGCGCCGAAGAGCGGACGGUCGUCUCUCCUGGCGGACGUGCCCGAGUCGCGCAUCGAGACGCGGGACUGCGAGGCCCCCGGCGCCGACCCAUCCACCCUGGUUCCCGAUCGGGCCCGACUUCGCAUGCGAGACCCGAGGCCCCGCCAGUGAGCACCGAUGCGCGGAAGGCUACGGAUCGGGAGCACAGUGCUGGCCGCCGCGGGCCGGCGUGACGGGCCGCCCUUUUAAUCCAGCCGAGAGUUAUGACGCUGGAGGACCCCUUUUUCGUCGUCAAGGACGAGGUAUGCAAGGCACUAAAUAAAACCAGAGGGCUGUACGGCCGGUGGACGGAGCUGCAGGAUGUCUCGAUUGCGACCCCCAACCUAGGAGCCGGACUUCCGGUCUCCCGGGAAGAACUCGAAUGGACCACCACCGAGCUCCGGAAUGCCCUCCGGUCGAUCGAGUGGGACCUCGAGGACCUCGAGGACACCAUUUGCAUAGUCGAGAAGAACCCGACGAAAUUCAAGAUCGACAACAAGGAGCUCUCCGUCAGGCGGAACUUCAUCGAGCAGACCAGGGAGGAGGUUAAGAUCAUGAAGGACAAGAUGAACCUGAGCCGCGGUCGCGACCGCGACCGCACCGCAAGACAGCCCCUCCUGGAUAACAGUCCCGCUCACGUCCCUGCCAGCCGUGGGACCACCAAGUACAGCAAACUGGAGAACGAAAUGGACAGUCCUAAUCGGCAAUACCUGGAGGACACUCUGCAGACCCAGAACGUGGCGAUGCACCAACGGGACGGCCACCUGGAGGUCGUCGGCGAGAACACGAGUCCUCUUGGCACGGGCUCUAGACAAAUCAACUCGGAGUUGGACGAACAGGCUGUGAUGUUGGACGACUUCGGCAACGAGCUAGACGUCGCCGAUUCUAAGCUGGACGCGACCAUGAAGAAAAUGGCGAAGGUCCUGCACAUGAGCAAUGGUAAUUAUAACAAUUACGUGCCAGCGCCCACAACUUCGGCGCCCAACGCGUCGAACCUUGCCUCGAAGCCAUCCUCGUUGUCCUCCUUCUCGACGACCAUAACCAAUUGUUUCCUGUGUUCCGGAGACUAAGUGUCGGUUAGCUCGACAAUGGGAAGACCCGCCGACGGCCGACCUUUAGGAAGGUAACUGCGAUGGGGAUCUCCCAGGCCCCUUUUUCUUUUUAAGAAAGUCACUGUGAUCCGAUCUCGAGCUGGAGGGUGCGUACUUACGCGGAGCAAGUACUUUUAGUCGAGUUUAGUAUUCAGGUUUCAGAGUCGAAAGGAUUACCGAAAGCUAUUUUACCUACAGAUAUGAUUCUAUUCCAGUAUUAUACCAGGAUUACUACGGUUAGAUCAGCUGACCGCUCGCUCGGCGAGCGUACCUUUUAGAAGCAUGCCAAAUAUAAACCGAAGGUUUGCCAAAUUAAAUUCCCAGCAUGGAAGUUUUCCCCCAAGGAUUCAGCGCCAUGGACCAGAAAAUGCCGAAUAGUACCUUCGAGUGGUCUUGAGAUCUCUUAGCAGUCUUUUUUUUCCCUUUUUUUUUUUAAUACUUAGCCUCGUAGCAGUUCCAACGCGAGUUAACUUCGUUCUUAUGGCAAGUGCAUUACUUUUUCUAUUAACGCGGAGCUCGAGGAGAGGGAAAAUUCGGAAAAGUCGUUAGUGGACGAAGUCGCGUACUCGGUAAAUUGAAGAACCUCGACGAGGAUGUAGGGAAAUUUACGUAGUCUCGAGUUAAACGGCACGCAUGGAUGUAAUUGUUGAACGUUACUAUAAAGAUUACCUGGUAUCGGUUUAGGCGUUGUUUUAGAGUACCCUUAAAGACGUAUCAAUCGUGUAAUUGUUAAUGGACGUUGACGUCGUAGCUGCCAGGGCUUGGGAUCUUCCCCGGCGUGGCGUCGUUUCUUCGGCGUAUUUUAAGCAUGAUUUUAGGUAGCGAAUUUCCGCCCCGGAAUUUUCCAAGCUCUGACAAUUACGCAGAGUGUUUGACUAGUUGAACUGUCGGAGGAGGUUCGCGCGAGGAGUGGUUAAUUUAAUAGUUGAUUGCAGGAUCAUUACCGAGGGUUAAUCGAGAGGUAUGCCAAUAAUUUCAGGACACCGAAUCCCCUUGUACAAAUUAUUGCCAGAAAGGAUUCUUAGGCCUUUAGCGUUUAGAUCCCCGAUGUCGUUUCCGUACCGUAACGAUAGUGGAGUUACGUUACAACCAUACGUUGACCUUUAAUUUACGAUUGACCGCAAUUUUAAUACAAAGAUGUCUUAUUUUUACACUACGCUGCGCGCUCUGUAAACAAUUUUCUUAGGGAGUAUCGAUGCAUAUAGUAUUCGGUGAUAGCGUUGUAUCGUUGUUGAUAGCAUCUCAGCCCUUUCGUAGCUCGCUGGGACGCGUAGGAGUAAAUCGAUUCUUAUGAUUUGUGUAAAUAAACCCGAGGAAUUUGCUUAUUCCACCGAGAUCAUUGCAUUUGGAGACACUUAGUGUUAACGAUAUGUACUGUUUUACAGACCUAGGUACGAGAAAUAGAACUAGAGACUACGAUAUAACCAUUCCAAGGGCCAAAUGUAAAGAUAUGGAUUUUCGUUUGUAACAUGAUGUAUUCUAUAUACAUAUAUAUUAUAUAAAUAUAUAUGUAUACUUAAACAAUAUCAGACACAUAGUUACAUAGGAUUAUACGAUCAUCUAGCGGUGUUUAAUGACAGUGGUAAAGAGAAUGGGAAAAGGAUUAUUAAAAGCCACGUACCGAAGCUGUGCACUCCUUGUUAUUGAACAUAUUAUGUAGCUAUUAAUAAAAGAUUGAAAUAAAAUCUUGAGAAUAGUUUUACAAGUGGCGCAUGUGACGUUACUUUCCGUUUGUUUUAGAUUGGAGACCGUGGAUAGCUAUUGGACUGUUGACUACCGUAUUGGUAUCAUUAACGGUUUUAUUUGUAAUAAAGUGAGUCCUGUUU